AUGCCUUUCGCACGUAUAGAUGAGAAAGGCACCACUCUUUAUUACACCGAUAGUGGCGUCCCGUCCGGAGUGCAAGACUACACUACUGUCGUCCUCAUCCAUGGGGCAACGAUCAACGGCGGUAUUUUCGAGCGUAUGUUUCCACACGCCUCAAAGUACGGCUUGCGUCUGAUCGCCAUGAACAUGCGCGACUACACCGGCUCGACUCCAUAUACACUCGACGAACUGUCCGAGUUCACGAGAAGCGACAUCGAGGUGCAGGCGUCUGCUCUGCGCAACUUCGGACGGGAAUUCGCCUGUUUCCUCGUGUAUGUGUGCCAGUCGCUCGGCAUCCCAGCGACGACGACGCACGAAGGAAAGAUGCGCGGCGGACUCGCCUUCUUAACAUGGUCGUUGGGCAAUCUGGCUUUGCUCUCCUUUUUUGGCGACCCAAGGACUCUGGACAGCGAGCAGAAGACAGUGUUGCAGCCUUACCUCCGCACGGUAUUUGCGUACGACCCGCCGUCAGGUCUGUAUGGGGCAGACCUCGACGUGGGCCAACUUCCCCCCUACAGUGACCCGGCAAUUCCUGUCGGAGACAAGCCCGCAGCGUUUGGCAACUGGGUGACAGGCUACUUUACUGCCGUCUCCGACCUCGCACACAUUACACCGGAAAACCUGCUCAACCGCAAAGAGGAGCAGCUUCCCACCCUGCGCGCGAUGUCCCCGGAUGAUUCUGAACGCAUCUUCGAACCGGGUAACCUCGUCCGCUUGCCCGUCGCCAUCUCGCACGUCCCGCAAUCUGUCUACGAGCGCCAUUUCCGUCGUACUUUCCUUGAUGCCGAUGUUGUGCUUCCGGGCGUGAAUAUCGUCGCGCUGUGGUGCGAUCGCUCCGUCUAUACGAUGGUUUGGUCGGCGAAAGUUCUGCAUGAACUCCUGCAGGAGCAACUGCCUCCCGGACAGCGAAUGCGGAAUACAUCGCUUAUUAAACUUGAGAAUGCGAAUCAUGUUUACCAAUGGGACGAGCCUGAGCGUCUAGUACAAAUUUUGCAUGACAAUAUCUGAUCGAAUCCAAUAUAUUCCAAGCUGCGUACGGUACAGGAGUGGUCGUAUAUCCCAGCAUGUAUGUAUGCGUGUAUCAGCAGUAUAAUACCAUAAGAAUAGAAGACGUUGCUCGCUAGCACGGCACAAAGAGAAGAGGAUGUGCGCUACGCUUUUCGCUGAAAGACAUGGCAAAACGAGUAUUACCGAUGCGCAUCAUUCCAU